UGAAAUUUCUUUCUUGUUCAUCUCAUUUGGAUGGCUUACCAGGGGCUAGGCCUACUAACUCUAUCAGCAAUGCUGCCUUCCCUGAGCUGUAUCAAUGAGGACACAAUGAACAACGACACGUUUGGAUGUUCUUCACAUUUGCAGAGGAUGAUGUUCUUUAUUGCAAUUUAUAUGGUUGCAAUUGGGCAAGGUGGGCACAAGCCUUGUGUUCAGGCUUUUGGUGCCAAUCAGUUUGACGGAGAAAAUCCUGCUGAAAGCAAAGCCAAAAGCUCUUUCUUUAACUGGUGGUAUUUUGGUCUGUGCACGGGUUCUUUGUUAGGCAUUGGAGUUUUCAGCUAUGUCCAAGAGAACCUUAAUUGGGGCCUCGGAUUUGGAAUUCCCUGCAUUAUCAUGGUAAUCGCUCUACUUAUAUUCUUGCUUGGAACCGCAACUUAUAGAUACAUCAUAAUAAGUGAAAAUGAAAGUCCAUUCUUGAGAAUUGGAAGGGUGUUUGUCAAAGCAGCCCGAAACUGGAAUGUUAAACUCCCUGUAAUCGGUAACAAAGAAGACUCACAUGGAACACAAACACGUGAUGGAACUCAUCAAUUUAGGUUUCUUGAUAAGGCUUCGUUUGACGGUUGCAGCAAUAGUGAGGUAGGAGAGGCAAAGGGAGUAUUCAGGUUGUUUCCUAUAUGGGCAACAACAUUGGUUUAUGGUAUCGUUUACUCGCAGACAUCAACCUUCUUCACCAAACAAGGCAUUCCAACGGUUAUGUACUGUCGAAUGAUUACUUCAAGAGGUCAAAAAAUUUUGGGAAGUCAAUAUGUUGACAAUGGUAGCCCAUCCGUCCGUUCGAAUGUUGUUUCCAAUGAUUCAAUGUCAACAAAUGAACCAAGAAAGAACACUACACAAAAGCAGUCUAUUAUUGGGAAUUUGUCAGAAAAUAUAGGAGAACUUGAUCAUCAUAAUGACACAUUUAUUGACAUAUAUUUGAUCGAAGCACCAGAGACCGGUGGAAUCAUGGAACAUGAUAUAGUAGAUUUCAGUGACAUAAUGACAAUAAUGGGUAUGGAUAUUGGAUAUCUUUUUUUGUGA